AUGGCGAACGCCCCCCUCGCUAAAUACAAGCUGGUGUUCCUGGGGGACCAGUCGGUCGGCAAGACCAGCAUCAUCACACGGUUCAUGUAUGACAAGUUUGACAACACCUAUCAGGCCACAAUAGGCAUUGACUUUCUUUCUAAGACCAUGUACUUGGAAGAUCGGACUGUGCGGCUGCAGCUGUGGUGCGCGGCAGCGUCGCCACCGCCGCUGCUGCUGCUGCUGCUGCUGCUGCCGCUGCUGCUGCUGCUGCUGGUGCUCCUGCUGCUGAAGCUGACGCUGCUGCUGCUGCGCAGGGACACCGCCGGCCAGGAGCGGUUCCGCAGCCUAAUCCCCAGCUACAUCCGGGACUCGUCUGUGGCAGUUGUAGUGUAUGAUGUCACCAACCGCGCGUCUUUCCUCAACACGGUGCGGUGGAUCCAGGAGGUGCGCACCGAGCGCGGCAGUGACGUCAUCAUAUUCCUGGUCGGCAACAAGACGGACCUGCUGGACAAGCGGCAGGUGUCGUUGGAGGAGGGCGACGCCAAGGCGCGGGAGCUGGCCGUGAACUUUAUAGAGACCAGCGCAAAGGCCGGGUUCAACAUCAAGGCGCUGUUCCGGAAGAUCGCGGCGGCUCUGCCCGGGAUGGACUCUGGCGCAGGCGGCGGCGGCCGCGGCGAGGACCUGGUCAACGUGCAGCUCGCGCCCGCCACGGUGCAGCUCGCCAGCCAGCCGCAGCAGCGCAACUCACUCUGCUCCUGCUGA